AUGUCUGCUUGCAACACUUUCACUGAACACGUCUGGAAACCUGGUGAAUGUAAGAACUGCUUCAAGCCCAAGAGCUUGCAUCAGUUACCCCCAGUGUCAGAAAAAAAGCCUCUCUCACAUGGAAACCUGAAACCCAAUGCAAACCAAAGCAGCAGCCAGCGGGGGAGAAACACCGGGAGCUUCCGACCGCCCGUGGCCAAGAAACCCACCAUAGCUGUGAAACCCACCAUGAUGCUGGUGGAUGGGCAGGGGCUGUGUGCCGAGAUCAGCACGCUGGAGCAGUGUGAGAACAAAGCCAUGCCUGUGGGGUGGAACCGAAACAAAGCUGUCUUGAACAAAAAACCACUGAACAAUAACAACGAAGAUGAAAUCGAAGGUUACAGCCACGUUCCGAGGCCUUACGGCAGCAACGAGGGUGGAGGGAAGGUGCCAAGUAACAAUAAUAAUGGACUGACAGAGGUUUUGAAGGAGAUUGCAGGUUUGGAUACCACACCUCAGCUCACUGGAAAUGAGACUAACUCCAGAGAAACCUUUUUGGGGAGGAUAAAUAGUUGUUACAAAAAGUCGCUAGAGAGAAAGAUCCCCCCGAGCUGCAUGGUGGGGGGACUGAAGGACCCGCAGAGUAAGCAUGUCAUUGUGAGUGGAAGCACUGAAGUAAUAAGCAAUGAAGGUGGACGUUUCUGCUACCCAGAGUUCUCCAGUGGGGAUGAGAGUGAGGACGACACGUUUUUUGGCAGCAUGCAGGAAGAGCAUGAGAGCUGGGAUGAAAGUGAUGAAGAGUUGCUAGCGAUGGAAAUUCGCAUGAGGGGCCAACCUCGUUUUGCCAAUUUCAGAGCUAACACCCUGUCUCCCGUUCCCUUCUGUGUGGACAAAAAGUGGAACACUGUGCCCCUCAGGAACAAGUCUCUGCAGCGGAUCUGUGCAGUGGACUACGACGACAGUUACGACGAAAUCCUAAACGGCUACGGGGAAGAGUCUGUGAUUCUUUACGGGCAAGAGAGCAUGCAGAGCAUGGUGUCUUCUGAUUCCACAUCUCCUGAUUCUUCUCUGACAGAGGAGUCUCGUUCUGGAACAGCCAGCAGUUCUUCACAGAAGCUCUGUAAUGGAGGGUUAUCUCCUAGCACUCCUCAGGACCUCAAAUUGAUUGAACCAGAGUAUGAAAGUCUUUGUGACAAUCAACAAGUGAAGGAUGUGGCAAAAGCGCCCAGAAGUGUUCCAAAAAGUCUAGAAACUCACAAGGCAGUUCUUGCGCUUCGACUGGAGGAGAAGGAUGGCAAAAUUGCUGUGCAGACUGAUAAGCAAGAGAACAAAAGUUCUUCAGAUGUUGCUGGUCAAGCCGUGACUAUCAAUUUAGUGCCUGUGGAGGAGCAAGCUAAACCUUACAGGGUGGUGAAUAUGGAACAACCAGUUUGCAAGCCAUAUACAGUAGUGGAUGUCUCAGCUGCCAUGACCAGUGAAUGUAAGGAGAAUCAGACUGAAACCUCAGAAACCAAAAAAGCAGCAUCUACCCCAAGCUCACCACAAACUCCAGGCACACCUAUUGCAUCCUCUGCGGCAUCACCUGUACGCCUAAAUGCUAACCUGAAAAAAUCCAGUGCAAUCAGAUAUCAAGAAGUGUGGACUUCUAGUACCAGUCCAAGACAGAAGAUACCUAAGGUGGAGCUGAUUGGUAACAGCUCAGGACCUUCCGUUCCUCCCAGGAAGACAAGCCACAAGUCAGCUCCUACUUCACCUACAGCUACAAAUGUUUCUUCAAAAACUGUCCCAGUUAAGUCUCCCAAUUUAUCCGAGAUCAAAUUCAACAGCUACAACAAUGCUGGCAUGCCACCCUUCCCUAUCAUCAUUCACGACGAGCCCACCUACGCCAAGAGUUCCAAAAACGCCAUUAAGGUUCCUAUAGUGAUCAAUCCAAAUGCCUAUGACAACUUGGCUAUCUAUAAAAGCUUCCUGGGGACCAGUGGGGAGCUCUCCAUCAAAGACAAAACGACUAGUGUGAUAAGCCAUACCUAUGAAGAAAUAGAAACAGAGAGUAAAGCGAGCGAAGCCAUAGGCAGUAAACCCCCUGAGCUGUCCCAGGCGAAGGGGGUGGCUAACAGCUCUGAGUGCAGGUUGGGCUCUGUGGCUCAGAAGGUCCAAGAGUUCAAUAGCUGCCUCAGUAAGAGUCAGAUAUCACCACAGAGAAGUCACAGUGCUGACCACAGCUCCCCAUCAAGAGUUCAGAAGGCAACGCCAGAGCCUGCAGCAAAACCAGACGUAACACCGGAGGGAUCCGUUGGCAGCAGCAGUGGCAGAGAGAAUGCAAGCACGGUGCUUUCACAGAUUGUGGCAUCCAUCCAGCCUCCACAGUCUCCUCCAGAAACACCUCAGUCUGGACCCAAGUCCUGCAGCGUGGAAGAACUGUAUUCCUUACCUCCUGAGGGAGAUGCUACUAAAAACACCCUGGUACGACCCAAAUCUCUGUUUACGUCGCAGCCUGAAGUGGAGCCCUCCAAGGCAGUGGAAAACACUGCUGUGAAAGUGCAGAAGGACCCACCCCCGCCGUUCCCUCCGCCACGCUCCACCUCGUCGCCCUACCACGCGAGUAACCUGCUGCAGAGGCACUUCAGCAACUGGACCAAGCCCACCAGCCCCACCAGGGCGACCGAGGCCGAGUCCAUCCUGCACCCCGAGGGGCGCCGAGCGGCCGACGCCAAGCCCAAGCGCUGGAUCUCCUUCAAGAGCUUCUUCCGCCGCAGGAAAACUGACGAUGAGGAGGACAAAGAGAAGGAAAGGGAGAAAGGCAAGUUGGUGGGUCUGGAUGGCACUGUUAUCCACAUGCUCCCCCCUCCUCCAGUUCAGAGGCAUCACUGGUUCAGCGAGGCCAAGUCAGACUCGAGCGAGAAGCCGUCGAUCGUUUUCAUGUACCGAUGUGAACCGGCUCAGGCUGAACCGAAGGCUGAUCAGCCCCACAAGGGUGGAGUGGAGUCUGCCAUCGCAGAGGCACUGGCAAAAGACAAAGGAGACAUGCAGGAAAAGCCUCCAGACAGCUCUGAACAGAGCACAACGAGCCACUCCUCACCACCUCAGGUCCCCAAGAAAAUCCCCAGUCAAGUGCCCGAUGACACGACCUUGGAGGACUUGUCCCCUCGUGUCCCCAGAGCUGUGUUUGUGAAACAGGACAAUGGUGGCAGUGCCUCCGUCAUCCCGGUGUCCUCGGCCCGGCUCCCACAGGGGGAGGAGGAAAAAGAGGAGACUCCACGUUCUCCUGACUUAAAUCCCUGCAGUGCUACCUACAGCAACUUAGGACAGUCCAGAGCAGCCAUGAUCCCUCCGAAGCAGCCGAGGCAGCCGAAGGGAGCUUUGGAUGAUGCCAUUGCCUUUGGAGGACUAGUAGACCAGGAGACCAUGAACAGCUUGCAGCCAACACCACCUCCACUGCCAAAGAAAACAAUUCUGAGAGCUAACACGGAGCCCACUCCCAGAGAACUCCAGAAGCAGGCUCUGGAGAACAACCCCUGCAUCAUGGCCAAUCCCACCUAUGACAUUGACACCAACUGGGAAGCAAGCAGUGCCUGCUCCUCAGUCAGCCUGGAGCUCAAGGUGCUGGACAAUGAAUCAGGAGACUCCUUGGACAGGCCGACAGAAAAACUAAGGGCAGCCACCUCAGCAACUAACAGUGUUUCCAGCCUGACCACUCUGGGUGGUAAGGACAGGUGCUCCAACAGCAUGGAGUCGCUGACGGGGAGACGCGUCUCGCAGGCCAAGCAGGGCAGGGGGGUGCAGAAACCACAGAGACAAGCACUUUAUCGAGGCAUCGAGAACCGGGAGGAGGUGAUGGGCAAGAUCCGCAGCCUCCACACGGACACCCUGAGGAAGAUGGCCCUCAAGUGUGAGGACCUGUUCAUGGCUGGGCAGAAGGACCAGCUGCGCUUCGGGGUGGACAGCUGGUCAGAUUUCAGGCUGACCAGCGACAAGCCGUGCUGCGAGGCGGGCGACGCGGUCUACUACCCCGCGUCCUACGCCAAGGACCCCCUCAACAACUACGCGGUCAAGAUCUGUAAGAGCAAAGCUAAGGAGUCCCAGCAGUAUUACCACAGCCUGGCCAUCAGGCAGAGCCUGGCCAUCAACUUCAACAUCCAGCAGGACUGCGGCCACUUCCUCGCCGAAGUGCCCGUGCGUCUCCUGCCCUGGGAGGACGACGACGCGCCAGAGGGGGAAGAAGAAGAGCAGGAGGACGAGGGGAAAGAAGCUGAGCAAAGGAACAAAGAGACUCCUUCCAGCACAGAGGUUGCCCAGAAGGAGAGCCCCAGCAGCAGCAGCAGCAGCAGCAAGCCGCGCAGCCGCGUGGUGGUGAUCACGCGGGAGGUGCCUCACCUCACCGUGGCCGACUUCGUGCGCGAGUCUGCGCCGCGCCACGCCAAGAGCCCCGACCUGUACGAGAGGCAGGUCUGCCUGCUCCUCCUGCAGCUCUGCUUGGGCCUGGAGCACCUCAAACCCUACCACAUCACCCACUGUGACCUGCGCCUGGAGAACCUGCUGCUGGUCCAUUCCAGAGCGGGGGGCAGCCCCCUGAGCCCCGAGGCCACGGAGCCCAGUCCCACCACUGCCUGCCCAGCCAGGUUAAUAGUGAGCAACUUCUCCCAGGCCAAGCAGAAGAGUCAUAUGGUGGAUCCUGAGGUGCUGCGGGACCAGUCCCGCCUGGCGCCGGAAAUCAUCACUGCCACGCAGUACAAAAAGUGCGAUGAGUUCCAGACUGGAAUCCUCAUCUAUGAAAUGCUGCACUUACCCAACCCCUUCGACGAGAACCCAGAGCUGAAGGAGAAGGAGUACACUCGUGCCGAUCUCCCCAAGAUUCCUACCCGUUCCCUCUACUCCCAAGGGCUGCAACAACUUGCCAGCUGCCUGCUGAAUCCCAACCCUUCCGAGAGGAUCCUGAUAUCAGAGGCUAAGGGAAUCCUGCAGUGUUUGCUUUGGGGCCCACGGGAGGACUUGUUCCAUGCCCUGAGUACAUCUUCCAACCCCUCGCGGAGAGAUGCCAUCCUUCAGAACUGGCUGGAUAUUAAAAGGACGCUGCUGAUGAUCAAGUUUGCAGAGAAGUCCUUUGAGAGGGACUGUGGAAUUAUUCUGGAAGACUGGCUCUGUUGUCAGUAUCUGGCUUUUGCCACUACAGACUCACUCCAUCGCAUUGUGAGAAUCAUGAAGCAGCACUAG